AAUCAAUUAACAUCCGAAUUGGGAUUAUUAUUUAUUACAAUUCUGAAUCGACUUUUAAUGUUUUUAGGUACGUUGCUUACUUGCAAAGUGUUAUACUGUACAUAAGCAGUAAAGAGGAGCCUUUGCAACCUGUUUGAAAGGCUGUAUUAUAAUUCAUAUACCAAAAUAUAAUAUAUUGCAAUAAUCAUUUUGAAUCGAAUUGGAAUAGUGCAGUACAUUUUUCCUCAAAACUCUGCCAACACAAAAACAACAUUUUGUUGAUGUAAAGCUGAUAUUUUCAGUCAUAUUAUGAGUGAACAUUUAGAAGCAGUGUUUCCUCGGAGUUCCUGCGCUUUAAUGCAUUUGUUGCAUAUCUUUUCUUAUCAAAAAGUAGUAAUCAAAAAGUCCACAACAGCACUGUUGUUGUUGUUGGUAUUUUCACUUAAAAACACAUCAUUUUGCACCUUAAAAAUAUAACUUUUUGGGGGAAGACAGCUCUUCCAUUUCAUUGGGGAAAAAAACAAGUCAUCGCAAUAUCAUCUUUAAAGUCUGAAAGGAGGAGAUACAACUUUUUACAUUUGUAUUGUAAAAAGUACAAAAAAAUGGACCAAAAAGUUAACUUUGCAGUUCACUUUUACUGCAGUCUGAGUGUAUCGUGGAUUUUUAAAGUACCAUUGAGUAUAUUAAGGAUUGAGUUUGCAUGUUGUAUAUGAGAUAUAUGAUGUCUCUUUUAUAAAUUUAGUUUGUGUCAUUAAGUUUAUCUUUUGUAAAAAAUAAUAAUAAUAAUAAUAAUUGUAGGAUGUUAAUUUGUCUUUUGACAAUUUGGUUUGUUUUCAUGGAAUGUAAGAGUUUUGCAUUCCCUGCAGGCCACCAUACAUGACUCUUCUCCAGUUAUUGCUCCACGGGAGGCUUCAUCCUCCCCCCACGCACGCACGCACGCACGCACGCACUCCGAAGUUGCGGCGCUGUGAAAAGGUGAUAAGUGAGAAGUGAUCGAUGCUUGUGAACGGAUUAUCGAUGAGUCGUUAAGUGUAUCAAAGAGAAGCAGAAAAGAGGAUCUACCUCCCCGCCAUGAAUUAUUUAAAGGUUCCCGGUAACGCGGCCAGACGCCAGAGCGGCGUGGACGGCCGCCCGUGAAGCGGCCGGUGAUGUCCGCCGGUGAGGAGAGUCUGCGGGCGGACGGAGGAUGAGGAAGGCGGACUAUAAUGAAGGUGAGCGGCCAAGGACUGUGCGUCGUCCUGUCCAGCAGCCUCGUCCUGGUGUGCGCGCUCAGCGAACUUCUUGUCGGCUUCAGAUGUCUUUCUUUGGGCUCCUCUGUCAAAGAACAUUUCCACCUGGGCGCCGCGGCGGGGGCUUUCUACUCCGGGAUGCUGCUGGGCUCCGGCCAGGUCCUGCUGGGCGUCGCGCUGCUCUGCUGCAGCGGGAAGCCGCGCGGCGGGAACUUGGUGCUCCUGGGCGUGCUGGUCUUCCUGCUGGGGGUCCUCACCGCCUUCUCCGGCGCGGUGGUGGACGGAGACGCCGCUUCUCUGGCGGACAGGAAAUACUCGCACUACUGUCUCCAGCCGGGGCCGCCGAGCCCGGCCUGUGCGCGGCUGAGGGACUACCAGCGCAGCCUGCUCCUGUCCGCCGUGCUCAGCACGCUGGAGUGUCUGCUGGGGCUCCUCCACCUGCUGCUCCUCCAGCGCUACAAGGCCAGCAGGCCGGGUCACAGGCAUACUUCCGGGCCCAUCAUCUUCGCCGAGGAGCGGGACGUCUCCUCGGCAGACUUCCAGCCGGUUUCUUACAUCAAUUUGGCGCUUUUUAACGUCUUGGACGAGACCGGCGCGGAGGUGCGGCGCGGCGGGCACCCGUCCAUCGAGCUGCCGGGUUACUCGCCCGCAGACCCGGACCUCGACCGCUGCUUCCCCUUCUCUUACCCGCUGCCCAGCGACCUGCCGCCGGCCUACGAGGACAUCUUCCCCGCUGAGGCGCGCGACACAUAGUGGAGCACAGGUGCUUAUGAUGAACACAUAAUGACAUAUUAAUAAUGCAGUAUAUAUUCAUAAGUGUGUGUUGGAAUAUGUACUCUUUGCAUUUAUACUUGUCAAUAAAAAGUAUAUUUAACCUCA